UAGACGCAUGCUUUUGACGUCACGCAGUCGCGCGCGCAUAGCAUAGUCCCUGCAAAGUGGCGACAGCUCGGAUUUCUGUGUUUUUUAUUUAUCGUAAUUUAGAUUUAUCGAAUGUUGUAAACGCGUCUGAGAACAAAAUGUGGAUAUUGAGUCCAGUGGAGCACGGAGGUGAGAUCCACUAUCUCCUCUCCAAUAAAGAAUAUGUGGUGGGUCGCAAGAACUGUGACAUCCUGCUGUCCAGUGACCAGUCGAUCAGCAGAGUUCAUGCCCACCUCAUUGUUACUGAUCAGACUCUGACCCUGAGGGACACCUCCAAGUACGGUACCACCAUAAACAGCCAGCCCCUGCCAGAGAACACUGCAAUCACCCUGAAGUCAGGGGACAGCAUUACAUUUGGGGUCUUUCAAUCCAAAUUCAGUGUGGAUCAUCUGAAGCCAGUGGUGUGUUCUUCUUGUUUGGACAAUGAUGGCAAAGCUGUACUCUCUCAGGCUCUGCAGCUUUUUGGAGGAAAGCUGGUGAGCUUGUGGACUCAAGACUGCACUCACCUGGUCAUGCCUUCUGUUAAAGUCACCAUCAAGACGAUUUCUGCUCUGCUGUGUUGCUGUCCCAUUGUGAAGCCAGGGUUCUUCUCAGAGUUCAACACAGCGGCACAGCAGAAGCUACCCCCUCCGAAAGCUGAGAGAUUCAUCCCUGACAUUGAUGAGCCCAGCUUGAUUAAUGAGGACCUGAACCUGGAGCCAGAUCUCAGGCGCAAGUGGCUUUUUGCAGGAACAACCUUCAUUUUCCUCACAAGCAAGCAGCUCAAGCGUCUUGGUGCAGCAGUGAGUUUCGGAGGUGGCACGAGCAGACUCCUGGAGGAGGGCUCCCUCCCCCGUGACCUCCUGGAGUCCCCACAGAGCUGUGUAGUGGAUUUUACUGCUGGCAACUCCCAACCUCCCCUUCCAGCUUCAACCACAGAGUGGCAUAAUUCUGUGAGAAACAUUGUUCAAAGGAAAGGCUUUCGAGUCAUCACAGAGUGUGAAGUUGGAUUGGCUGCCAUGUACACCUCACGUGACAUAUACUGCAACCCUUCCAGUCUAAUUAAAGCCACAGUGACAAAGACGACGUCAAGAAUUCCCAGCGGAUCUCUCUCCCAACAUGUAGUGGUGGAUGAAACCGUUUUACCUGCAGGAUCGCAAAACAUCACAGCGUACGCAGUCAACACAGAGGCAUCGCACAUUACAGAGCGGUGCACGGUAAGCGGGAUUACACCGGUGGGAGAGACUCAGGAGAAAAGGCAGAAUCAAAACACCGCUCUUACUAAUGGCCCAAGAGCCACAACCCAGAAGAUGAACACUCAGUGCAUUGUGGCAGAUUCACCCAGCUCGUCGUUCAGCACAACAGAAAGCACACAUUCCAAGAGGAAGAAACCUGAGUCCAAAGUGACAGGCCAGGACGUUAACAUAGCAACUUUUCAGCCUCCUCUGGUCAAGUCCACUGGUGGUAAGAAGACAUUCGAACCGAAGAAAUUUCCUCAGAAACAACAAAUCUCUCCACAAGCUUCCCCACAGAAACAAGCAAGAAUGACCAGCUUUUUUAAACCAGUCAACAAGAAAAGGCCUUUGGACGAGGAGCUCUCUGUCGUCAUGUCAGAACCAAAGCGUCCUGCACUUGAGUCUGACAUCAUCGUUCAGGUGGCAUCUGUAGACGCUCCCUCAUGUUCAGACAAAGCCCCCGGGGCCCCUUCCCAGAUGCCGAUGGACUCCGAAAAUGAUUUUUUCAUCAGUCGGGCGGCGGCUUCGUCCCACCUGAGACAAAAGAGGAAGGAACUGGAAGAAGAAAUAGAUAUGGUCGAACUGGAGUCUAUAAUGUCUGAGGAUAUGGACUGCUUGGACAAGUCUUUUUCAGUCAGCGAAUCCCCACAAGCGCGAGCCAAUUGUUCUGAACGGAUGUCAAAAAAUGAAGAGGCUUUGAGUAAGAAGCAACGAGUAGCCUGUGAAAAUGAUGAAGACACCAGGAGCCAAAGGUCACCAUUGGAACCGGUAGAAGAGCUGUUUCCAUAUCAGCGCCACCAAAGUGAGCACAAAGUUAUCCCCCCAACGACUGAGAAACUUCACCCAUCAGCAGAGAGAAUGAGUAGCAAAGUUUCAUCUGGCAGCACAAGUCAGCAUGUUGAAGCUAACAGAGAGUCCUCCACAGAGGAGUUAGGCCACUUCAAAGAAGAUGAUAUUCAGCCCCAAGAAGCGACUGCGGUUCACCUCAUGAAACCUGUUGACAUGAAACAGGAGACCCAAAACACGAAGCUGGAUGAAGACCUCCCUAAAAAGCUGAUUUUGGUGGAAUUUAGAUCCCUCACGGUGAACUUGCUCCACAAAACUAAACCACAGCAGAUGCACACCAACGGCUUUGUGAAGAACUUUAAACGUUUUCGCAAGAUGCGAGUGCCCGCGACAGAGAACUCUGCACACAUCAUCGGGGGGGCUGACCUGCUGGCUCACAACCGUGGCAAGAACUCCGAACUUGAUGAAUGGCUGAAAGAUGCAGAGGAGGGCGAGCGGCAGAGCAGACUGGAGGAGAGUGAAGGAGAUAACCUGUUUAGUUUACAGCAAACACUUCAGCCUGCACAUCCUCAGUUCUAAUCAUGGACUCAUCCUGAUCAACAUAAUUAAGGGGAAUUAUGGGUUCUUUCGUCACAGUGGUCUCCAAGGUAACGGGUGAUGUAAGAUGGUGUGUUUUCUUUGACAAAGCACAAAAAGAGAUUGAGAUUGACUGUGUGCAUGUGUGUGUGUUGAGGCUAAACUGUUUUAUCACUGAGUCAUACUCAGUCAGUCAUGCAGAGCAGGGGAAUAGACUAUGCUGCUAAGACAACAGCCCAGUGCAUUUCGGUAGCUUGAAACAAGCAAGUGUCCAGACGUGCUUUAUUGGAAGGCUGUUUGCUUAAAGCUGUUCAAACACUUUCAUCUUUUAUGGCACUUCUUCUGGGCUGUUUUUUUGUUUGUUCAAAAUGCCUUCCAGCACAUUGAAGGAUGAGCCAUGAGGAAUGUUAAAAGCCCAUCUCGAGGGAGUGAUGACAUCAACUGUUUGAUGUGUGUUUGCUUGUGUCUUUAGGUACAACCCCACCAAAUUAACCAGGAAGAGAUGAAGAAGCAAGAAUGGUCAGAUCAUCUCCAGUGAUAAUAAAAAUGUACGUUGGUAUAGCUACCAUGUUUGUUAACCACUAAAAUUAGUCCACUUUACACUGACCUAACGACACCACCGACGGCAAAUAUUGUAAAGGUUUCAAACACGUUCUGAGGUUUUUCACUCAAUUAUUUUUAUUUGUCAAUGAUAAAAAAUUACAGACAAAGCAUUUCAUAGUCUGGAGUUGUACAAGAAAGCAUUAAAAGUUUACGUGCCAAGA